AUGCCAGAGUCAAUACAACAAAUAAAUGAAACAGUGACAGGAUUUUAUAGAGAGUUUGGUGUUCCUGGUGUCGUUGGUGCAAUAGAUUGCACACAUGUUGCUAUUGUGCCACCCGCAGCCACACAAUAUGAUGAGAGGAGUUAUGUCAACAGAAAGUUGUAUCACUCCAUAAACACACAGCUGAUUUGCGACCACAACCUAAAAAUUUUAAAUAUUAAUGCCCUGUUUCCGGGGGCAACCCAUGACUCCUAUAUUUGGAACACUUCAAAUGCCAAAACAUUCAUGGAACACCUGCAUAAUCAAAACCAUACCAACUAUCAUUUGAUAGGUGAUAGUGGAUAUGCGCUUAGACCGUGGAUGAUGACACCAAUAGCCAACCCUGAAGAGGACACUGCUGAGUCCCGCUACAACGAGGCAUUUACCACGGCAAGGUGCACCAUAGAACGGUGUAAUGGUGUCCUUAAAGCAAGAUUUAGGUGUCUGCUAAAAGACCGUGUUUUGCACUACGUGCCAAAUAAGGCAACCAAAAUUAUUAAUGCCUGUGCCGUGCUGCAUAAUAUGUGCAUAGCCCGAAAUGAUAUUAACCAGGCGCUUUUAGCAAAUCUUAACAAUGAUGAGCUUGGGAUCAUAGACGGGCUGCCGAUGCCGCCACCACCAGCAGGAGCAGAAAGAGAGCAAAGGCAAAGAAAUUUGCUGCUUUUAAGAGGAAGGGAAAAACAGAACAGAAUCAUAAAUAAUUACUUUCAAUGAUUCUGUACUGUUUUUUAGUUGUUAUUGUUUGUUAGAAUCAUGAAUACUUAUGUAUAAUUUAAUGCCUAACUAACCUAAUUUCAAAUAAUCAAUCAUAAUAGUACCUACCUAUUAUGCUCACGAUUGUAAUCCCUGAAGAGGUAGUCAGAGGCGGCCGUUAUUUGCUUAUGUAUGUAAAUGAUGUCCAUUGCUUUAAGAAAUUAUAUUGAUAAAACAAGUCAUGAA